GUGUUCUUCUCGAAAACGAGGCCGUGCUGGCGCGGCAGCGAACGAGACGGCAGCGCGGUCGAUUCGCCAAUUGUCGGACAGCGUCCGAGUGUCUGACACGGACGGUGCUGGACGGUGUGUGCGUGAAAGGGGCGCGGUGCGUCCGAAAAUCGGCGGCGCCACGAAAACAAAAUUCGGCGACGGCGUGCGAAGAAGUAAAAAUAGCAGUGAGCGCGGCGGCGACUUCCCUGCACGGCUCCUCGUGCUGCACAAUUUAAGGACUUGUUUCGCACAUGCUGGAGCACCGGCAGCAGCAAAACCCGCCCUUCCUCGUGGGCGAGAGGGCCGUCUGGCUGGGCAGCGGCAGCGGCCUGCCGCAGGGCGGCCAUGUCCGCUGGAUCGGCAAGUUGCCCGGAAUGGGCCCUGGCUGGACGGUCGGACUUGAACUUGACAAAGAACUGCCCUAUGGAGGCAUCGACGGCUCUUGGUGCGGGCGACAGUUGUUCCAGUGCCAAACCAAGCACGGUUUACUUGUUCCUGCAAACGUAGUUGCUAAAGAAGACUCUCUCCUCCGCACCUUUGGUGUAACAUCUGUGAUAAACAAGUCACCCAAACUCGAGGGCAGGUCCACUGGUGACCUGCCAGGUCAGGCGUCGCCGCGAGCAAACAAAACCCCCAUCCAGAAACCAAAGAGAACCAAAUCCCAGUCGGCAAGCAGUUCCAAAGCCUCCUCCCAGCAGUCCGUGGCGUCCGGCAGGAGCAGAAAACCAUCAGUUUUGCCUCCAACCACCCCUGAUUUGAGCAGCUCAAACGAAGACACCAUCAGGACUGUCGUAAAGCCUGUCCGGCGGAAUUCAAAAAAGGCCAGAGAGCAGUCGGACUUUGCCAAGCUCCAUCAGCCGUCGCCCAAAUCGUCACCAAAGGUCGCCCACGAGCGUCUACAAAGGUCCGAAUCGCAGCAGGGUGAAGAGGUCAAACACGCCUUCCAACCCUUGCCAAGGUCAGCGUUCGCUCCACCCUUGGACUCUUUGUCGAUCGACGACUCGGUGCUCAAAUUGAUUGCUGCCCAUUUGCCGCAGCUUUCGACAGUUUCAAUUCUCUCAGAGCCAAAGGCACCCAAGAAGACUCGAAGGAAGAACUCGGAAGAAAAGGGCACAGUUGACCUUUCUGUCCUUCCUGCGUCGUCGAUCAAAUUUCCCGAGGAAUACCAGAGUGAGAAGAAACCGGAGGAAAUAAAAGUACUGAAAAGUGUUGAGGAAAGAUCGGAAGAGCCCGUCAGUGAGGAAAAAGCAGAAGAAGUAAGAGAGGAGCUAAAGGAAGAAAAAGUUGAGCAAGAAAAACGUCCUGAAUCGUCCGAGCCUGAACCAGAGGCCUUUGAAUUCGCAGCAGCUGCUGCUGAGGAAAAAGAACCUGAACCUGAAAAGGAAUUAGAGGAAACUGAAGAUACUUUAGAAGAACUAGAAGAUCAGUCGGAGGAGAGUCCAGUGCCUCCGCCGCCGCCAAAGAGCAAGAAGGACGGCAAAUCCGGAUAUUUCCACACCGCGCCGGCCAGACCAAACAGACACCGAGCGUCUGUGAAAAAACGAGCACCACUACCGCCAAUAAAUAGUGGCAGCGAAAAGGCAGAAGAGGACAGCAGCAGAGCAGAGGCCAGCGCAGAAAAUAGCCAGCUUGAGCAGCUUGGGAUCGGUGCACCUGGUGCCGCCGCCACCUCGACCCCUCCACGCGUGCCCCUCCGCAGACACAACAGCCUCAACGGACCGCGCCGGCCGCUGAGCGAUGUCGCCCCAGCCCCGAGCACAGAGGAACUGAUCUACCAGUGGUUCGACGCGAUCGGCGACGCUCCGUCCGCUCCGCCCAGACAGCAUGUCCGCGGGCCAGACCCGAUGAACAAGCAACCGCAGGCCAAAGGGUCGCCGUCCAUCUCACCCUCGAUCUCGUGCACGUCGUUCGAAGACGCGGUCGCCGCCGCCGACGCCAUUUACUCGGAGCGCGUCGAAAAGCACUUUGCCAAUUUGGACUCGGCGAGCAGCGUGACGACCAGUUCGUCGUCGACGGCCACCUUCACCUCGAGCGUCGCCAACCGCAGCAAGGACAGCGGCAACCGUCGCAGCGGCGGCGGCAUCCUCUCGUUCCUCAAGUGGCUGCGCAAGAACCCCGAGGACUCGUCCGAGUCGGAGGAGCAGCCGCAGGUAAAUAGCGAGGGGCAGCUGCAGCCACUCAGUCGCUACAGUAGCACUAACAGCCUGGGCACCGUAGUCAGUGCCGCGAGUAGUUUUGCUUUCGUCAAACCCGCUGCUUACCCUCAUAACAACAGGGCCAGUCUGCACUACUCGCAGCCCACCGAGUCCGACACGUACCGGCUGCGACUGCGCCAACGCGACAGGUCGCGCAUCCUCGACAAAGGUCUCACCUUCAAGCGCAAGUACAAACUCAAGCAGUUCGCCUGCAGUCAGGAAACAGUUUUUUCAGAGACUUUCAAGCCCUUCGCAAGGGGGAAGAGAAAAGCGCCCGCACCCCCUGUGCCCAAGAACGAACACUACUCGGAAUUCAGUCUGCCCAUCGCGCUCGAGCACCGCAAAAGGAUGGAGAUUUUGGAGCCAGUGCAGGUCAAGUUGCACCGCCGGGCGGCCAGCGAGUCGUCCAAGGACAAAAGGGCCGGCGCCUAUUGCCACGUGAGGGGCAAGCGGAAGGCCCCGCCGCCCCCUCCGGGCAGUAGGCAGAGUCAGGUGCUCAAGCCGGUCAACAACUACCCUUCGCUGGGCAGGAACAAGAAGCGGCAGGCGCCGACGCCGCCCCCGGUUCAGGAGAACCUUUCCAGGUUGAGCCCUGACGAGAAGCAAAGACUGAUCAACUGCAUCAACCGCGCCAGAAACAGCGCCAGUCCUCCGAACAACCUUCAGGGUCCGGCCCUGAUCACGGCGCCGCCGAUCAUUUUGGCCGCGCCCGAAAUGCCGCCUCAGCAGAGCGCCCCGCUUUCCCCGAAGCCCUGGUACAAAAGGUCGGCCAGCAAGUUUAUUCCCAUCAAGCAGUUGGGCAGCAAAAAGGUCGAGGAGGAAAUGCCUGAGGUCAACUACGCAAGGGUGCUGCCCUCGGAGCAGAACAAACGCAAGUCCAUGCAAUUCCAGGCGCUGACCAAGUUCUCUGACAUCGACAAGGAGGCCGCCGCCCUUAUUCAAAACAACCAGAUGAAGGCGGCGGAACUUUUGGCCGCGGAAAACAAUCGGUACUACAUGCUCCCUGCCGAGGUUGAGGAAAAGAAGGAGGAACCUGCCGAGGAAAUCAAGCCAAACGAAGAACCGAAAGUUGAGGAAGCCGCAGCCGCUCCGCCAACUAAGGGACUGAUCUCAAAAUUCAACGCACUGUCCAACGUGACCAAGGUCACGGUCAAUUCUUCCAAGGCGGCGCUCGUCGGCCUCCUGAUCAACAAUGAGGGCGGCAAAGGGCAGAGCAAAAGGAUCUCACAAGUCGAAGUGGAGUCGGAAAAAGUAACGGCUGUUGAGAAAAAAGACAAAGUGGAGGUUGUAGAAGUGAAAAUCGAAAAGGAGAAGGAGGAGGCAAAAUCCACGGCCACCCUUUACCCAAAAUUGACCGCCCUUGAGGCUCAGCCCGAGCCAGAAGACCGGAAGAAAACCCCUCUGCCCCUGUCCAUCCACGGAGUACCUGAAGGAGUGACCCUGAACCGCCAGAAGAAAAAGUUGUGGGUCUGCCCGCGGUGCACUCUGGAGAACGAGAACUGGCGCUUCACCUGCGACGCGUGCAACAUGUGGCGGCCGAGCAAAAAUCAGGAUGAAAAUUCUCCGGAGGCGCCUGGCGUGAAUACAGUGGAGGAAGCGUCCAACUCGAUUCAAAAACUGGCCAACGACGUGACCAAGGAGGAGGAGGCAUUUAAAAAGCCCGAGCCCAUAGGGCCCAUCGACUGGGAGGCCGAGCUCAAGCAUUACUUCCCCGGGAAUAAAAAGCAGUCGCCAGAGAGGAAACCCGAUUCGCCAACCAAGAUCAACGCCAAGGUCGCCGAGGCCAUCAAAAUACUGGAAGGCAAGCAGUCGCCCACACCUGGACCUGUAUACGUGAAGGCGCCGGAAAAAAAGAUCGAGCCUGCCAAGAAGCCCGAAGUGGAAAAACCAACUCCUCUCUACGCAGUUUCCAUGAAAAACAGCAAACCUUUUGUGAUGGAUGAGGUGAAGAAAAAGGUCGAGGAAGAAAAAAAGGUGCCAAUUGCAGUUCCGGAGACGUUUAUCGGAGGAAGGACAGAGGCAGAUGAGAAAAAGGCCAAACCUCAAACUCAGCAGACAAAUAAGGCACCUGAACCAGGGCACGCUGUGGGCACCAAAGAGCCGACAACCCCGAAGGACGUGGACGAGAUGCGAAAGGCCAGAUUGGCCUUUUUCAACAAGGAGGAAAAAGUGGUCGAAGCCAAACCGCCGGCAAGUCCUCGUUUGUCCAGAGCUGUGCAAACCCCGGUUCCACUUGUUCUGCCUCCCAGUCCCAAGGUCGGCAGGACGGCUGAAAUCGCCACAGACACAAGUGGCCUCGCGGUGGUGACCUUGAAGGAAAAGGGCAUGGCCGUGGUCGCAGCAGCCAACGCUGCGGACAUCGAGGAGAAACUUCGCAUCAAGGAGAAGCUGAAGGAGAUGAAAAAUUCGCUGCCCAAGGAGGCGCCGCAGCCGAUGAAAGCGACGGAGCCCUUCAAUAAAGGCGCCAUCAAGAAGUCCCCUCCUGCCCUGGAUUUGAAACUGGCGCAAAAACCCAACAAGGUUUCCUCUUCGGCGCAGACCAGUGGGGCCAUCGUGAAAGCAGCCACUGCUCGCACCCCUGUCAAUGGCUCGCCAGGUGUGGUGAAAAAAAUAAUUGCCAGGAGUCCCUCGUUCAAAGGAAACGGGACUUUUUUGCUCAUGGGACCCAAAGACUUUGCCAGCAUCGAGGCCACCAAGUCCAAGAGCUCGCUGGUGCCACCUGAGAAGAGUCUGCAGCAUGUUUAUGCCAACAUUCCUAGUCCAGGACUCGUCCCAAGUGGGAGCCCUUUAAAUAAGAAUGAUCCGCCAAAAUUGGAGGUCAAAUCUCCUGAGCCUGCUGCCGCCGAACCAGCGCCUCUUCCACUCGCACCAAAAUCACCAUCACCCAACAUGAAGACCCGACCUGGAAUCAAACCUGUCGUAGUCAAAGUGGAAUUAAAUGCUCAGACUGUUGAGGAUGAAUAUGACGACGAUGACGAGGAGGAGGAAUUUGACGACAUCCCUGAUGACCAGUCAAGCCUGAGCGGAGCAGCCGAUUCAGGUAGCGUGGCAGGAAGUGUUGGCGACUCCAGUGAUAUUGAGAAGCUGGCUGGAACUUUGACAGGUGCCAAAGGUCUAGCAGAUUUCAAAGCUGAUUUGGCUGCCAACUUGCCUCAAAAACCUCAAAACACCCUGGCAGUGAAUCGUCUGCUUCGGCGCCUGGAAAACGCCAUUUUCAAUGGUCAGCACAGAAUUGCUGCAGGCCUUGCAAGAGAUUUGGCCAGGCUGAAGAUCAACUGUAAAGUUGAAAGGCAGCGAACAAAGGUCCUCGUUGAGCCAGAGAUGUUCACAGUUGACAUGUAUGUUGAGGACAAGGUUUCCCAUCAAGGUCCAAUUCCCUUGAGUGUCCAUGCCGGCAUGACUGUGGGCGAGCUGAAGGGCAAAGUGCAUCAGGAGUUUGAAAUCCCAGCCGACGUCCAGAGAUGGAUUCUGGGCAAGCAGUUGGCCUCUGAUGACAACAAGACUUUGAAGCAACACAGCGUUGCCACCGGCGGAUGUGUUGUUUUCCUCUACCUAGUUGCUCCGCCAGAGAGAACAGACAGUGCUAGUCCGGCUUCAAAUUCUGAAAGUGCCGCCACCCAGGUGGUUCCGACUCCUCCUCCACCUGCCGAGGACAACAAGCGCAUUUUACCCCCAGCUCCUGAAAAUCAAAGGGGUCCUGGGUGGUACUAUAAUUUUGAGGAGGACCGGUACAGCUACUGCGAAUCCUCAGAUGAUGAAUCUGACCCUGAAGAGGAGCCAAAGCAGGUUAUGCCGAAAGAGCCAUCGCCAGUUCCUGAAAAAGAGAAGACUCCAUUGCCAAAAUCACCAACGCCUCCUUUAGCUGAACCUGAGGAAGAAAGCUCAGACGAAGAGGAGGAAAAUGCUGCCGGGCCGAAGGCCGCAGCUGCAUUUGAGCCAACAGCACCACCUGCAACUUUGACGCAGGAAAAGAAAACUGGCACACUUCAGCUUGGUUGGACAUGUCCGCUGUGCACUUUGAUCAAUCCCCCGACUAGACCUGGCUGCGCUGCCUGCACGACUGAUAGGCCAGCCAACUACAAAAUUCCAGUUCAAUAUGAGACUUCUGACCAAGAGGCCACGAGACUUAAACAGGAAGAGGAAAAUGAAAAGGCAAUGGAUGCUGACCAGGCGACUCCUCAAAAUGCAGCAACCAACUACGAAGCCCUGGUGGCGCUGGACAAGAUGGACUUGGUUGCCAACGUCGAGCCCUUCGAGUGCCCCGUUUGCUUUGCAGCCUUUGCUCCUGGCGAGGGUGCCAUGCUGAGGGAAUGUCUGCACACCUUCUGCAGACCCUGUCUGGCGCACACUGCCCAGUUCAGUGAGGAGGUCGAGGUCAGGUGCCCAUUCCGCAACGACCAGUACAUUUGUGAUGCCACCAUGCAAGAACGAGAAGUUCGAGCUCUGGUGCCUGCCGACAUUUAUGAGAAAAUGCAAGCCAAAUCUGUGUCCCAGGCAGAAAAUAAAAUACAAAAUGCCUUCCACUGCAAGACCCCUGACUGCAGAGGUUGGUGCAUUUUCGAGGACAACGUCAACGAUUUCAGAUGUCCUGUGUGUGGUCAUCACAACUGCCUCACUUGUCAAGCUAUUCAUGAUGGAGUGAACUGCAGGCAGUACCAGGAGCGAGUUACCCAAGCGUCCGAGACCGACGCUGAAGCACACAAGACCAAAGUCAUGCUUCAGGAAAUGGUUGAGCGCGGCGAAGCCCUGUGUUGUCCGACCUGUCAAGUGGUGCUCUUGAAGAAGUGGGGCUGCGACUGGCUCAGGUGCUCCAUGUGCAAAACCGAAAUAUGCUGGGUCACCAGAGGUCCAAGAUGGGGUCCUGCAGGAAAAGGUGAUAUCUCGGGAGGAUGCAAGUGUGGAAUCAACGGAAUCAAGUGUCACCCCAAGUGUAAUUAUUGCCACUAGAGAAGAGAGCCACGCCUUACCAUAAAAUGCGCUCUCUUUGUGUAUUUUUAAGACAGAAAUUUAAAGUUUAAAUAAUAUGGUGUGCUAAUAUUCUGUGAUAAGGUGCACUAAUUUUGUUUGUUGGAAAAAGCGCUCUUUAAAAUUUAACAAUUUGAAUGAAAGAAAAGGUUGACAAGUGCUUUGCAAGUAUAACACUCUGAUCCAUUGUUGUGGUCUUUCUGCGUUUUUAUGAAAAUUAAAUUUAAAAAACUAGUAUUUUUAGGAAUACUUCGACAUUGCCGAAAUAUGGAGCUGAAAGCUGAAUUUUUUGCUGUAAUGUAAAAUAAAAAUUUAUCAGAUUUGCUAAAAAUAAAAGUCGUUUACACUGUACAAAUGAAA